UAAAAAAAUGUUGAUGUUCCCAUUGAAAAUACAUACAGCCUAGUUGAGCCUGCUUAUAAUUGGGAGACGGGUAAUGAUAUGCGGAAGGACAGGGACUCUUGAAGAGAAGUCGUUGUAAUCUGUAAGAAAGGGCUACGCAUUGGAGAGACAUUUUUGAGGUAAACAAGCCAUAAAAACAGUUGAAGACUACUGAGUUUCUUUCUCCUCCAUUUCAAAGUUUCAGAAGUGCAUCCACCUCCCACACAACAGUUGGAGACUCACUGAUUCUCCAUCUCUGAAAACUCACAGCAUUUGCGUGGAAGGUACUUCAAGAUAGAGUUCCAGAGGGUCAAUUUACACAGAAUGGAAAUCUUACCACUUCAGUGAUGCAUGAUUGGGAGUACAAGCAAGAAAUUGAAAUCGCAAAGCACUUGUUUCUUUACUAUACAGAUCAAAGCCAUGGAGGUGGCAGCAGGAUUACUGUUGGAUGCUGUUAUUCGUUUGUUAAGUUGUGGUAAGGUCCAUGCUGCCUAUGUUUAUAAGCUGGAAGAGAAUCUAGCAUUGUUGCAAAAAAAGUGGAUUGAUCUUCAGAACUUAAACACCGAUGUGCAUAGAAGAAUUGAUGAUGCUGAGGGCAUGGGGGAGAUGCAAAGGGCAGAUGAAGUGAAUGGUUGGCUGCAAGAUGUUCAAGAUCUUCAAAAGGUAAUGGAGGAUAUUCAAGAUGAAGAUUCUCAAGAAACUCAAAAUAAAUGUUCAAGUGGUUGCUGCCAAAAGAACUGUAUGUUAAGCUACAAGUUAGGAAAGAAAAUCGUGAAGAUGCUCAAUGAGGUUGAUCGAUUAGUGAACUCGGGUAAACGUUUUGUUGACAUGAAUGUUUAUAUUGCUUACAAGCUUCCACCCAAGCUAAUGAAUGAGAUGCCUUCAGUUGAGACCGUAGGCUUGGACUUGAUGCUCAACCAGGCGUGGAAUAGUCUUGAAGAUGACAAUGUGGGAAUCAUUGGUUUAUAUGGAAUGGGUGGCGCUGGGAAAACGACCCUUAUGAUGAGAGUUCACAAUGAAUUUGGAAAGAGGGAGCACAAGUUUUCUCUUGUACUAUGGGUGGUGGUUUCUAGAGAUUGUGAUAUCAAUAAGAUUAUGAAUGAUAUUCGUAACAGGUUAGGCAUCAUUGAUGAUGUUUGGAACAAAAGCAGCCAACAUGAAAGAGUGACAAGGAUUUAUGAAGUCUUGAAACAGAGGAAAUUUGUGUUGAUGUUAGAUGAUGUAUGGGGAAAGUUGGAACUAGAAAUGGUGGGGGUUCCACUUCCAAAGGAUACUAACAAUCAAUCAAAAGUUCUGUUCACAACACGUCUUGAGGAUGUUUGUGCGAAAAUGCAAGCUCAGAAGAAAUUCAAAGUGGAAUGUUUACUAGAGCAAGAAGCAUUUGAUUUGUUUUGUAAAAAAGUUGGUGAUGAGACUUUAAAGAGUCACCUAGAAAUUCCAAGGCUCGCAUGGGAGAUGACUAAAGAAUGCAAAGGAUUGCCACUAGCAAUUAUUACAGUGGGAAGUGCCAUGGCUGGAGUGAAAAGUGUUGAAGCAUGGAGACAAGCCAAAAAUGAUUUAAGAAGUUCUCCUUGGAUUGCUUCAUAUUUGGAGAACGAAGUCUUUCGUAUCCUUAAGUUUAGUUAUGAUAGAUUGCCAGAUGACGCACACAAAAACUGUUUCCUGUACUGCGCACUAUACCCAGAAGAUUAUGAAGUAGGAGUUGAUGUUCUCAUUGAUAGAUGGAUUGGAGAGGGAUUUCUGAGUGGAAAUAAGACCAAGAAGAGUAUUUAUGAUAUGUAUGAGCAAGGAGAAUCUAUCAUUGAAAAGUUAAAACUUUCAUGUCUCCUAGAGGGUGUUGAAUAUGAUUAUUUUUGGACUUCGGCGAUUAAGAUGCAUGAUGUGACUAGAGACAUGGCACUUUGGAUAGCCCGUGAUCAAGAUGAAAACAAAGGAAAAGUUGUUGUUCAGGGAGAAGCAUUAGCCAUGUCUGAAAUGGAUGUUGAUAGGUUGAAUAUUGUGGAAAGGAUUUCAAUUAUUGAUGCUAGUGGAAGUUGGAACUGGCAAGUACCAACUUGUCCAAAUCUGAUCACCCUAUGUAUUCUAGAUUAUGUGAACACUACAUUUUAUUCAAAUCUCCAAUCCAUGACAAGGUUGAAAGUCUUGGAUCUAUCUGGUAAAUCUUUUGAACAUCUCCCUGUAGAAAUUGGCAACUUAAUCAACUUGGAAUUCCUUAACCUGACAAGAACAGAUAUAAGAAAUCGGUUGCCAAUUGAAUUGAAGAAUUUGAAGAACGUGAGGGUAUUUCUUAUGGAAGGUUGCCCACAUAAUCUCGAAAUCAUUCCUUUGGAAGUGAUAGAAAGCCUUGAGCAGUUAAAGGUGUUUAGAUUUACUAGUGAGGAUAAGGCUGGUGAACUUUUUGAGGAAGCAUUCUUACAGAAGCUGGAGUCCUUACCAAAAUUGGAAGAAGUAUCCAUGGAAAUAAACACCUUCACGGGCAUGCAUAAAUUGAUUGACUCGACCAAAUUGCAAGGUUGCUGGAGACAUUUUUCAAUUCAGGGAAUCGAUGAUCCACUUGAAAUGUCACCAUUGUUAGCAUCUAUGUCAAGAAUGAAGCAUCUGUACCGUAUAAGUUUAUACUCUAUUAACAUUAUUGAAGGCUCGUCCAUCACUAACACUUGCUACCUUCACAAGCUUCGCCGGGUGUAUGUCGAGAGUUGUGACUCAAUAACUCAUUUGACAUGGUUGAUAUAUGCUCCACUUCUUGAGUUUCUUGAGGUUCGUAACUGUGAUUCCAUUGAAGAACUAGUGAAGGAAGCUCAAAAUGAUAUAUUCCAAAAUCUUAGACUUGUCCGCCUUUAUGGUUUGGCAAAGUUGAGGAGCAUCCACAAGAGCGCAUUGGAUUUUCCUUUUCUGGCAUAUCUUCAUGUAUAUGAAUGCCCCGAUUUGAAGAAGCUCCCUUUGAAUUCUAAUUCUGCAAAGGACUUGAUUGCAAUCAAAGGACAGAAAGAGUGGUGGAACAGUUUAGAGUGGCAAGACACAGACAUUAAAGAGCUACUCCAUUCCAAAUUUAGAGCACGGUAAAUUGGAGGAAAAGUAUGCUACUCAGAAAUUUAUUUCUUCUUCAUUAAAGAGUGUAUCAUGGGAAGCGUCAAUGGUUUUGCAAGCACUGCAUUUGAGAGUUGAAAAUUUCUUGAGCACUUGUGAUUAAUGGUUUUGUAAAUUCUUCAUGCUUUUGUGCUACUUUGGAUAGAAACUGUUUCCUCAUUCAUUUCCACAUUUAGGGGUCGUACUUGUAUCAGCUGGCUUAUUUUAUUUAUUAUUGGCAACUGAUGUUUACUGUAUUUCACGUUUGCAACUUUAAAU